AUGUCAGACCGCGAUCCUAAUGUGGGCUUCGAUGCCAGCUACCAGCCAGCGAAGCUCAACCCUCAGGAUCUGGAGAUCAACAUGACGAGCGGCUUCAACAACACCGCCGCUGCCGCGCAUCAGGCUCAACAGCAUCAUCCAUUCCGUCUCCCAGCUCUGUACAACUCAACAACAAACGCUCCUCAUACCAGCCUCAACCCGUACCACCUUCAUAUGCCUAGGCACGCUGGAGGUCGCUUCGAUCACUAUGAAUCCCACAUGGAAGGCCCAUAUCAGGCUCUUUCACGUGGUUACGGAGUAGAUCGUAGGUUAGCGGUGCAAGCUCCAAGCUGGUACGAAAAUUCGCCGCUCAAUCUGGCUGUCGAGGAGGACAUGCCGAUCGGAGGUUUUUCACAACAUCGAACUGCGCCUGCGCAAGCUACCCAGCACAGGAUGCACAAUCAUCCUGCUGCGAUUAUGGCGACCAAAAAUGCUCUGGAGUCUGAGCAUGCGCAUUCAACACCCCACAUGCGACACAGGGCGACCCAAACCACAGUGAACGUACAUCCGCUACCAACAGGUCAAGAUUCGAUGUAUCGUGCACAGCACUACCCGUCCAGCAAUUUGCAAGGCAGCGAACAACCGCGGCCCUCGGAGCACGAAAAACUACAUACGGCAAACCGUCUAGACAACGGGGCAGAGUCGCUGAGAUUUUGUCCACUUCCAUAUGAGCUGCGCACACCCAUUUGGGCUGAUCUGACCGAACCCACCACUGCUCAUACGGGAGUUCAUCCUCGUGGUAAUUGGCCGAGUACCACAUCUCUCCAGGAUCAAGGCUUCACUGUUGACUCAUUCCUUGACCUUGGGUUCAAUGAAGCGUUCCAACAGCCAGUCUUCCAGGGAAACACAAACUCUUCCGUGCUCAUGGUCCCAUACACUGGCCAGUCUAGCUUCUUUUACGACGCCCCGCAAGACUUUCGUCGGCCUUCACAACCGCAAUCGUCCCGUGGAGUUGACCGUUCAUUGUCAGCUGCUCAUAGUGACAUGGAAUCAGCACCGACAUCUUUUGACCCGCUGCCUCCCGCAGAUAGACGAAGUUUUAUGCAGGCUAUGGAGUAUGCCACAGCCACGACUACACCGCUUGCUCAUCAGCAAGUUCGGCAAGAUCACGGCGCAUCUUCGAGGCUCUCGGCAGACAAUGUCGAACGAGUCGCUGCAUCCGCGAAUGGCGCGCAAUCGCAGGGCCAUGUGUUACCAACGCCAGUUGUGAUGGGUCCUAUCCGGACUGCUCAACGCGUUCCGCGAUCCGGUCCAAGACGGCCACCAAACCCAGCCCAGGUACAACACUUCACCACACUACUGGCCGACGACGCAUGCCACGAUAAAGAGUGCCCAAUUUGCCAGGACCCUUACAACGACAGUGACCAUCCAGCCAUUCGAAUGCAACACGUGCCAUGUGAUCAUGUGUUCGGCUUGAAGUGUAUCCAAGAAUGGGUCAAUAGCGGUAUGCAGAACGCACAUCUCUGCCCAUCAUGUCGGCAGAGCAUAACUGGCGCGCUCUCACGAGGAUCACAGGGACGUUCAAAUCAUCGAGCGGCGGUUCCUCCACGUAGACGGCCCCGAGCAGGUACCAGAAUGAGGUCACAGCGAGUCAGUGCUGUUGACGCACCUCGAGCCACGGGUCUUCCGGAUCCUCUAGCUGCACAUGCUGAUGCGCCACGAACAAACACACCUCGACCAAACCGCAAUAUUCAGGAGCGAUUCUUAAAUCUUCAACGUACUCAGGGUCUUCCUCAGCAAGCGACUACGAGCCCCCCUUCUCUUUCUGUACCAGCAACUGCAUUACUCGGCCAACCAGAGUAUACACAACUCGAACAAAACCUCUUUGCUCAGCGUCAGGAUUUGGCGACAUUCGACGGCGCCGCAGCUCGCUUGACAGCGAGAUCACAGGCUUUGAGCCACGAAGAUGCCAUUCAUCUAGCAGCUCAGCUUUCGAGACGUCGCACGCAGUUACUCUCACGACAUACUGAGCACUACAUGGCUGAGAGUCGAAAACUCCAGCGCGGCAACCGAGAGCGAGCGGACGAACAUGCAGCGCUUCGGCACUGA